AUGAAUGAGAUCAACAAGAAUGUCCACCUACUACCCAACAAGACACUGUCUUCCAUCUUUGGUCACAAUUUUCAGAAUGAAAUGGGAGACUGUGGUGGAACUAUGUAUCUCCUUUUCCUGAAACAGGGAAGUCCUCUUAACUAUAUUUGUGGCAAGGCAUACAAGCUGAUGACCAUCAUUGGUGGGCUCACCUCUCAUAACUCCAAGCAGAUGCCCCACAUCUUGAAUACUUACAAGAUGCCACAGAUCCUACCCCAAUCCACAUGUGUUGAGAGUUGUCAACCUGGACACAGCAGGAUCUUGCAACAGGGGAAACAGAUUUGCUGUUAUGAUUGUCCUCAAUGUUCUGAAGCAAUGAUUUCAAACACGACAGAUGCAGACCAUUGUAAGAAGUGCCCUGAGGAUCAGCAUCCAAACAAGGACCACGACCACUGCAUCCCUAAACAAAUUGUCUACCUGACCUUUGGAGAGCCCUUGGGAAUCAUUCUGACUUCGUUUGCUCUUUGCCUUUCUCUAAUCACCCUUGUGAUCAUGUGGAUUUUUAUUCAGUAUCGGCAUACCCCCAUUGUUAAAGCCAACAACUGGAAUAUCACAUGUACCCUGCUCAUUUCUCUUUUGCUUUGUUUUCUGUGCACUUUCUUGUUCUUUCAGCAACCAGAGAAGGUGACCUGCCUUCUGCGUCAAACAGUGUUUGGAAUCAUAUUCUCUGUUGCUGUUUCUUGUGUGUUGGCCAAAACCAUCACUGUGGUUCUGGCCUUCAUGGCCACCAAGCCUGGAAACAGGGUGAGGAAAUGGGUGGGGAAGAGGCUGGCAGUCUCAGCCAUCAUUCUCUGCUCCUUUAUUCAAACUGGCAUCUGUGCACUGUGGUUGGCAACCUCUCCCCCCUUCCCAGAGUUUGACAUGCACUCCCAGAUUACUCAGAUCAUUGUGCAGUGCAAUGAAGGAGCAGCCCUCAUGUUUUAUACUGUGCUGGGCUACAUGGGUCUUCUGGCCACCAUCUGCUUCACUGUAGCCUUCUUUGCAAGGAAGUUGCCUGAUACUUUCAAUGAAGCCAAGCUCAUCACCUUCAGCAUGUUAGUAUUCUGCAGCGUUUGGAUAUCUUUUGUACCCACCUACCUGAGCACAAAGGGGAAAUAUAUGGUGGCUGUGGAGAUCUUCUCCAUCUUGGCCUCUACUGCUGGCUUAUUGGGUUGCAUCUUCCUCCCUAAAAUCUUCAUCAUUAUACUUAGGCCUGAGAUGAACAGUAAAGAGAGGUUAGUAAGGAAGUAG